AUGCUGGAGUGGAUCGUUAACCACCGCACAGCGUUUCUGUCGUCAUACGUGGAAAUCGGACGUUCAUGUACUGCAGCUAAACGCCUGCAAGAGGAACACGCUAGGUUUGCAGCAGCUUGCACCGGCGGUGGUCGGCCAAGUGUCGCUCGUGUAACAGCUGCUGCAAGAAGACUCGCUGACAAACGGCAUUAUGCCGAAGCACAAAUCACUGCGCUUGCGCAUCGCCUUGAACGAGCUUACAAACAACUAUCUGCGGGUCUGGAAGAACGUUCAGCAGUGCUAUCUCUAUCGGUGGUGUUCCACCACAAAGCUGAGGCAUACGCCUCCGCUGUGGGCGGGUGGGGCGCACAAUGUGCUGUCGCGUUACAAUUGGCCACCGGUCAGGGCGGAGCACCCUGUAACGAUCCGAGGGCGCUGGAACAACACGCGCAGAGGCACCGCCAGUUGUAUGAACACAUGUGUCAAGCGUACACUGAAGUACAUUCCACUAGCAAGAAGUUGCUAUACCAACUUGAUCAUUUAGUUCAAGUUUGUCAUCAGACAGACCCAGCUGAUUUGCAAAAAGACGGCACAGUAAGUUCAGCUGGUAGCAGUGGAGGUGAUCCAGCCGCUGACUAUAGUUCGGGGGCUAACCAUGUGUUGGCAGUGAUACAUCAGAUCUUGGGUCACCAUAGGGCUCUAGAAGCCAGAUACCAUCAAGCGAGACUUAAGUUACAUCAAAGACUCGCUUUGCUGCUGUAUAAGGAAGACUGCAGACAGGUCCUCGAUUGGUUGACGAACCACGGCGAAGUAUUUCUACAGAAGAAUACUGGUAUCGGAAGAAAUCUUCACAAAGCAAGAGUGUACCAGAAAUCACAUGAACACUUUGAGAAUGUUGCACAGAAUACAUACACGAACGCAGAAAAGCUCCUAUCAGCAGCCGAAGAAUUAGCCAGAUCUGGUGAAUGUGAUCCUGAAGAAGUGUUGGGCGUUGCGCGUGAAUUGGAAGCACAUGUGGCAGCUUUUGCAGCAAGGGUUGACAGGCGAAGAAGACGGCUAGAUCUUGCUGUUCUACUUUAUACGCAUGAGAAAGAGCUUCUGCAAUGGCUAGAGACGCUGCGGAGUGGCGGUGGAGUAUGUCCAGCAGAUGAUAGUCCAGAAGCAGCACGCCGAGCCCUGGAGCAAUGUGCUCAACAUCGUGCCGCCAGUUUAGACGCGUGCGCAGCUACUAUUGCACAGGGAGAAGCGUUAUUGCAAGAUUUGAGAUCAUCUGGCGACUCGGACACAGCAAGCACGUCUGCUGUCGAAACGACCCUGGAACGCUUGCGGGGUACUCGUAGCGCACUCGAGGAGUUGUGGUCAGAUCGUGAGAGGCGACUUGAGCUUACACUUCAGCUGAGACACUUCGAAAGGGAUGCGUUAGAGGUAUCAUCGCGACUUGAACUAUGGGGAGACGAGCUACAGCGCAGUGAACCACCACGAGAUCCUCAGCAAGCAGAGCAAGCACUCGCAGCGCACAACGAAAGCGUGGCUAGGAUGCAACAUGCCACCUUCCAGGUAGUGCAACAAGGUCAGGAGUUAGCAGCGGCGAUAGCGGAAGCGUCAGACGUGAUGGCGUCCAGCUCCGACAGUUCCGAGGGUGCCCCGCUAGAUGCGCAGGCGCGAGUUCAAUUGCUGCUGGAAUUCCUCCAUGACCGUCAGCUGGACUUAGAAGAGCUUGCCGAAGAACGGCGGGCCAGAUUUGAACAAUGCGUUCAGCUAGGUCAAUUCCAAAAGGACGCCGCCCAAGUGGUUAGCUGGAUACGAAACGGGGAGGCGAUGCUGGCUGCCUCUUUCUCCAUUCCAGGGACGUUGUCUGAAGCUGAGCAGUUGAAACGUGAGCACGAUCAAUUCCAGGUGGCUGUUGAGAAAACUCACGCAAGUGCUGUACAGGUGAAGUACAGGGCAGACGCGCUACGUGCCGCCAAUCAUUAUGACCCGCAUACAAUCAGAGAAAUUUCCGAAGAGGUGACUGAAAGGUGGCAACGUCUAGUGACGUGCGCUGAAGAACGUCACAAGUUGGUCACCGCAUCUCUGAACUUCUAUAAGACGGCUGAACAAGUUUGCUCCGUACUUGAUUCCCUGGAACGAGAGUACCGUCGCGACGAAGACUGGUGCGGUUCUGGUGCUGCUAUUUCCACUAUAACAUCUGAGGAUACGCAGAGUCAGACACAGAACUUGGAUAAGGCGGCUCAGGUGGCAGCACUAAUAGUGAAGCACGGCGAACAGAAAGAGGCGUUCCUAAAAGCAUGUACGCUCGCAAGACGUACCGCGGAGACAUUCCUGAAGUAUGCAGCGCGGUCUGCCCAAGUGCACGGGCAGACAGCGGCCGCGAGCAAGGCACAUCAUGAGCAGACUCGUGCUAUACUUGAUACUCUGCUUUCACAGGAGAAUAAGGUACUAGAACAUUGGACAGUUCGCAAGAAGCGUCUGGAGCAGUGCCAACAAUUCGCGUUGUUCGAGCGUUCAGCGCGUGCUGCUGUAGAGUGGAUCCGCGAAACGCAAGAGCGUUGCGGUGCUGCUGCGGCUGCAGCAGCUGCUGGAGUUGCUCGGGAGAGCAGAGAGAGGGUACGACUUUUGGCACAGCUAGCUGACGGCCUCGUGGAGAAGGGGCACCCCCAUGCCGUACAGAUUAAGGAGUGGGUGGCCGCUGUAGAUGCUAGAUAUGCCGAGUUCAGUGGUUCUAUGGAGGGCGGUGAAGUGGAAGUCGAAAGCGAUUCGGGGAUGGCACCCUCUCUAGCCUCUACGCAUUCUGAAAGCGAAGUUCGAGGGGAGACACAACCUCCCGCCUCCGCUGAUGAGAAGAGACGUAGUGCAAGACGCAAAGAAUUCAUAAUGGCGGAGUUGCUGCAAACUGAACGCGCAUACGUAAAAGAUCUUGAGACGUGCAUCACUGGAUAUCUUCGUGAAAUGCGCCAAGACCCAGCCUCUGUUCCAGCGCCGUUGCAGGGCAAGGAGGAACUGAUAUUUGGAAAUAUAGAAGAGAUCCAUCGUUUCCACGAGCGUAUAUUCCUUCGGGAGCUGGAUAAAUAUGAAGCAUGGCCAGAAGACGUAGGACAUUGCUUCGUCACUUGGGCGAGACAGUUCGAUAUGUAUGUGUCGUACUGUCGCAAUAAACCCGACAGUAAUGCAGCGGUCGUGCAACACGCUGGAGACUACUUUGAAAGGGUUCAACGAAGGAAAAAGUUAGAGCACCCGUUAGCGGCGUACCUCAUCAAGCCGGUACAGAGAAUUACGAAGUACCAACUUCUUUUGAAGGAUCUUCAAGCUUGCUGCGCUGAAGGUCAAGGGGAGAUUAAAGACGGAUUGGAGGUUAUGCUGUCCGUGCCGAAGAAAGCCAACGACGCCAUGCACCUUUCAAACCUCGAGGGUUGUGACGUACCAACGGACAGUCUCGGUGAAGUAGUGCUACAAGACUCCUUCCAAGUCUGGGACCUGCGUCAGAUCAUCAAGAAGUGUCGGGAACGGAGGGUAUUCCUCUUCGACCUGCAUCUACUCCUCGCCAAAGAGGUGAAAGACACUCACGGGAAAGCCAAAUAUAUAUACAAAACGAAAUUUAUGACUUCUGAACUCGGUGUAACGGAGCACAUAGAAGGCGACGAGUGCAAGUUUUCUGUUUGGACCGGCCGUGAACCGAUGGCCAGUGACUGUCGAAUCAUGCUCAAAGCUCCCUCGUUGGAGGUCAAACAAACUUGGGUGCGGAGAUUACGCGAAGUCAUACAAGAAACAUACUUCAACAAAGCUCUACCACCACGAAGUCCAGCGCGCGUCCGACCCACCAGCUCACAACGAUCAAGCAGAGACUUCGACGAUACAGACACAGAGAAUCUUGACCGCAAUUCGCUCGCUUCAUUCGGGAGCGGCAACACAACAGACUCGGACAAGUGGCACCAGCGUCGCGCGCCGCACCGGACGAGGCGGGCCGCGACCGCUCCCCUCUGCCCGCUGCCCGCGAUGAAUACCACCCCGCCGCACCCCUCACCUGCGCUCGCCAAACCGAACAAGAGCCGGCGCAAAAUAUCUCUACCAUGGUUCCGACAGAGUUCUGUCAGCUCGCCGCAUGCCACUCUCUCGCGACAGCACACCAUUGAUACGCCGAGCUCGUUCCAUGCACGUCUACUUAAGGGUGGCCGCAACCGACAGGCUGGGCCUGAGAUGACAUGGGUCGUUGCCGAGCACACAUCAGGCGGUGCUGGGGAGUUGUCAGUAUCCAAAGGCCAGCAGGUGGAGGUCUUAGAGGCCUGGCAGUCAAGACCGGAGUGGUGGCUCGUAAGGAUUCAUGGCGACCCACCACAGGAAGGCGCUGUACCGGCUCAGGUCUUGAAGCCGCAGCCCCACCAGAAAACAUCACCUUCGAGGCAACCUAUGCCCGCCGGUGAUGAAGCCAUAGAGGCCUCGACUUCGGACCCGGGAGGCGUGAGUGCCGCUAGCCCAGGAAAACAUAGGAAGGGAAUAAUACCGAGGAGAUGGAUCCCGAAGCCGAACAAGUCACAAGGAAAAGCUGAAAAGACAUUAGCGGGAGCUAAGUCGCCCGCGGAGAAGCCUGCCCUCAAAAAGGUUCCAUCAGAAAAGAAAAUUAAGAUACCAUACAGUGAUAACGGUCGAACAGACGACGUCGGGGAAGGCAGCGUUGGAACAGCGCUGGAUGAAGCCGAAGAUGACGUGCCAGAUGUGGAAUUACCACCACCGAUGAAACCCUUACAGAAUCCGCAAGCUGUACUUCAACAGGCGCCGACACCAACUACAGCUGCAUCGGUUCCCACUACACGAAACUCGUUGGCAAUGGACCCCCUGGAACCUAACGGUGGUCCCGCCGAUAUCGCCGAGAUAGAACAGAUUGUCAAGGAAAAAAUGGAACAACACGGCGGCACUGCAAGUACAUCCGGUCGUGCCGGCGACGGUGAAGACGAGGACAGCACGGCGACACCCGUAGCUGAAAGCCGCGAGGCCACACUCAAGAAACGUGAAUAUGUACUCCGUGAGCUGUAUGAGACAGAGGAGGUGUAUGUCUCGGAUUUGCGCCUGGUCUGCGAGGGAUAUAUUAAACACAUGACGGAUCCCAACGCGGACCCACCAAUACCGGAAGGACUCCGCGAUCGUCGCUUGCGCAUGAUCUUCGGCAACAUCGAGGCCAUCUACGAAUGGCAUCGCGAUAAAUUCCUGCGAGAGCUGGAGUCGUGCAUCGAGUCGCCUGAGCUUCUGGGCCCGCUGUUCCGCCGUUUCCUGGAGAAGAAGAUGUUCCUCUACGAGGCGUAUUGCCGUAACAAGCCCGUCUCCGAGUACAUUGUUUCGGAGCACGAGCACUACUUCCAGGACCUGCGACACAAACUGGGACAUAAACUUCAGCUGGGCGAUCUUCUAAUCAAGCCGAUCCAGCGCAUACAGAAGUACCAUUUACUUGUGAAUAAAAUCCUGAAGUAUACAGAGGUCGCCAACGAGCCGCCCAACGUCAUAGACUCCCUUCGUGACGCUGUGCAAUGCACCUCCAUCAUACCAAAAAAUGCUAACGAUAUGAUGGAUGUUGGACGCCUGCAAGGCUUUACGGGGAACAUAGCGGCGCAAGGCAAGUUAUUGUUCCAAGAGCCGCUGAUCGUGUCUGAAGGGACAAACGACAAAGGAAAGGAGCUGCACGUGUUUCUAUUCCAGCAGUGUAUGAUAUUCACUGAGCCAGUGGGAAAAAGGACGCAGUUCACAAGCCCUACUUACCACUACAAGGCUCAUGUACAGGUCAACAAAAUGUGCCUUGAACACGAGGAGGGGAGCAAUGUGUUCAUAGUGCACUCGAAGUCGAACAAGCCACGCUCGUUCGUUUGCCGCGCUGCUGAGGGCCGCCGACAGCAUUGGAUCAGCACUCUUUCCAGCAUUCUGGAAUCGCAGCUCAUAUUCGGCAGGCGUCUUGAGAACCCCAGCGCUUUUAUGAACGACGAGCCGUCGCGGGAGCCAUCCGCUGAUUGUUGGUGGGGGAUACGGAAGGCGGAAAGUGUAUCGCCCUCAUUGGGCGACAGACUGGCACCAGAGUUAGGCACGAGGACUCAGCGGCCACAUGCAAAGGCCAACACUAUUAAUCUACCGACGAGCGCAAGGGACGACCACAAGAAGGCCACUUCUGCUGUGAGCCCGACCUCACCGCCUCAUGCUAAUGGUCUAUCCAAAAGAGCUUGGGGUUUGAAGCUUCGUCGCGGCGGCAGCGCAAGCGGACCGGGCGAGCCCAGUGACGGUGUGGUCACAGAACUUCGUCCACCCGAACUGAUAGAACCGGCUACGGACGUAACUGUAGCACCCGGAGCAACAGCAGUACUCUCAUGUCGGGCGAACGCCACUCGCGCUACGGCUUCUUGGAGAAAGACAGCACCGGAGACGCGAGCUCUAAGACACGGUGGUCGCUUCGCUAUCAGCCUAGCUGCCGAUGGCCUAGCCUCUUUAACGAUUCACGCGUGCCGCGCGUCCGAUGCCGGCGUCUACUGCUGUCUCGUCGGCAACGAGCUGGGUGGAGUUCAGUCGUCUGCGCGGCUCACUGUUGGUUCUGGUGGUACGCCUGGUAUUCCGGCGGUGCGAGCGCAUCCAGGUGGUGGUCUAGUCGUGCACUGGGACGAGCCUGAAGCGGCACAUUUAGAAUACUGCCGCGUGGGGGAGGGGGAGUGGCGUAGAGCAACUGAAACCCCAGCAGCGGCUAACACAUUGGCCUUAGAAGAACUACCUGCUGGUCAAUACAGUUUCCGCCUGAUCUGCGCUCGGAGUAACGCUGCGGGUGCAGCUUCCGAACCAGCGGCUUGUGGUGGUGGCGGUGGUUGGCAAAGAGAACAAUUCUCGAGGAGAUACAAUAUAGAGGAGGAGAUAGGGCGCGGUCGGACUGCUCGCGUACUAGCCGCCAGAGACACUGGGACAGGACAGCGGGUAGCCUUGAAACAGGUGGUAGCUGGUCGAGGAGCGGACGCGAUGCGCGAAUACCGAAUAUUGUCCCGUGGUGCCCACGGCGCUGUGGUUCGUGCUCUAGCUCUAUUCGCUGAGGUACCACGCGCCGGAGCACACACGAUAGUACUUGAAAUGGUUGCUGGUGGCGCCCUCCUAGAUUGGGCCGCGUCUUCCCCGCAAACUUAUACGCAACGAGCUGUCGCGAUGCACACUAAACAGCUCCUAUCAGCACUUGACUGGCUGCAUUCCAACAAUGUUGCUCAUCUUGACGUGAGGCCUGAAAACAUCCUCGUGGAACUAAGUGGUGCCCAGCCACAACUGAAGAUAGUAGAUUUCGGUUCGGCGGUGGAAAUGAGUGCGACGGAGGCAGAGGGAAGCCGGGCCGCGACGGUGUUGCCACCUGCGCCAGCGCAACUCGAGUUUGCGCCGCCCGAGUGUGUGCUUGGUCGUCCACCAGCACCCGCUUGGGAUGCUUGGGCCGCUGGGGUCUUCCUCUAUGUGUUCCUCACUGGGUUGUCACCUUUUCUGGACGAGUCUAUCGAAGAGACGACAGCGAAUAUAAUCAAAUGUGAUUAUUGUUUUCCGCCGGAGCACUGGACCGGUAUAGAGGAGAGAGCACAAAGUCUAAUCAGGUCAUUACUAGACUCCACUCCAUCCAGACGGCUCACUCCUAAGGAUGCCCUCACAGACUCCUGGUUUGAAGAGGCACCAAGUACGACACUGUCAGCACAGCAACUUAAAACCUUCUUGGACCGGCGACGUCCCUCUGGUCAUGGUAACGCAUUACACUCUCUCCGGUCACCGAACGACACUUGA